AUGAUCACCAUCUCUCCUCUUCUAGCCACUGAACUCGACUGUUGUGUGAUUCCCCUGCGUGAUAACCUGAAACUCAUCCAAACCACUGACUUCUUUUAUGCCAACGUUGAUGAUCCCUACACCAUGGAUUGCGCGGCCAAGGCCGGCACCUCGGUACGCGGUGGACAGACAGUGUACAACCCAUGGCUCCUGAUUGGUGGGGUUGCAACCUCCGUACUUCCAGAUUCCGAGUUUAUCAUGCCAAACCAGGCGGAAGCCGAGAGUGUCCUGGUGCUCACUAAACCUCUCGGCACCCAACUGGCAGUAAACGGCUAUGGCUGGAUGCAGGACUCCACCAGCGUCUGGAAGGAGAAACUGGCUCCCUGUAUCUCCAUCGAAGAUCUCAAGAGCCUCUACAAGGCGGCCACAUUCUCGAUGGCUCGUCUCAAUCAGAACGGUAAGCUGUGGCUCUGUCUGUGA